GAAGCUCGGUAGAACACGUCAUCUACUGCUCCGAAAGAACAGGUUCAGCCUUAAAGCUACCUACCAACCCCUCGAGGUCAUCUGCGCCUCUCGGACCCAUACUCUACCCCUCGAACGAAUCAUAUCAAAAGAAGAGUCACGAGCCGUUCAUACCUGCGAUAAUGGCUGACAUGGAUCUUGAGCAUUCCGGCUUGCAGGAGGUUGCAAAUGCUAUGCGUGGAGAAGACGGCGUUCCCAACUCCAAGCGCAAGAGAGACUCUGAAUCAGCUGAUGACACGAGACGAGGUAACAAGCGUAUCUCUCCCAAUAAUGACAACCACAACGGUUCUGCCGAGCAUGCUUCUACCGCUGCCGCUGCACUUGCUGGCAUCUACCCUACUAUGACUGUUCCUCAACCAACCGACCUGUCGUUUGGCAACCCAGGCUCAGAUUCCGAUCGCAACCCCGAAUCUUCCUUUAUGGACAAUAGCCAGCAACAAGACAGCUUCAUGGACUCGACUCCGUCUAGCCGGAACUCCAAGCCGGCCGUCGGUUCUGAUGAGUGGCACAAGGUCCGCAAGGACAACCACAAGGAGGUUGAACGCCGUCGCCGAGAAACCAUCAACGAAGGUAUCAACGAGCUGGCCAAGAUCGUCCCAGGCUGUGAGAAGAACAAAGGCUCUAUCUUACAACGUGCCGUCCAGUUCAUCACCCAACUGAAGGAGAAUGAGACCCAAAAUAUCGAGAAGUGGACUCUUGAGAAGCUCCUCACCGAACAAGCCAUUGCAGAGCUUAGUGCCAGCAAUGACAAGUUGAAGGCAGAGUGUGAGCGGGCAUGGAGAGAGGUUGAGACUUGGAAGAAGACUUGUCAAAGCGCCGGUCUAGCUCCCAAGAAAGACGAAGGAGACAACUAGAAAAGUUGCUUCUUCAGUCAUGGGCGGCCAUUCUCAAAGCAGGAUCCGGUGUUUUACGACUUCGCUAGGAUGA